GCGGGACCCCGAAGCCGCCGCGGCCGCCGAAGCGUGUGUGCCGGUGCCCCAGGCCCACAGAUACUCAAUGCUGAGAAAUUUGGAACAUGUACUGAUGUAAACAGACAAGAAAGAAAACCUGGAUUUUCUCUGUUGAUGCCAUCUUUCUUUUUCAGGAAACUCACAAGGACUUGAUUCAGUCGCCCGUAUUUGUCCUGUGGCCCCUCUGCUUCCCUGUCAGAAGUCAGCAUGUCACUGAAAAGUGAGCCCAGGGUAAACACUUCGGCACUGCAGAAAAUCGCCGCAGACAUGAGCAAUCUGAUAGAAAAUCUUGACACCCGGGAACUCCACUUUGAGGGGGAGGAGGUGGAGUAUGAUGCAUCUCCUGGAGACCCCAAGGCUCAGGAAGAGUACAUCCCAUUCUCUUCCAUUUACAACACUCAAGGAUUUAAGGAGCCCAACAUCCAGACCUACCUCUCCGGCUGCCCCGUGAAAGCACAAGUCCUGGAAGUGGAGCGCUUCACGUCUACCACGAGGGUGCCAAGUAUCAAUCUGUACACUAUUGAGUUAACACAUGGGGAAUUCACGUGGCAAGUCAAGCGGAAAUUCAAGCACUUUCAAGAGUUUCAUAGAGAGCUGCUCAAGUACAAAGCCUUCAUCCGAAUCCCCAUUCCUACCAAAAGACACACCUUCAGAAGACAAAAUGUCAAAGAAGAGCCCCGAGAGAUGCCCAGUCUGCCCCAUUCAUCAGAAAACACAAUUCAGGAGGAACAGUUCUUUGGCAGGAGGAAGCAACUGGAAGAUUACUUGACAAAAAUACUAAAAAUGCCCAUGUACAGAAACUAUCAUGCCACGACGGAGUUCCUUGAUGUAAGCCAGCUGUCUUUCAUCCAUGAUUUGGGACCAAAGGGCCUGGAGGGGAUGAUCAUGAAAAGAUCUGGGGGACACAGGAUACCAGGUUUGAACUGCUGUGGCCAGGGAAGAGCCUGCUACCGAUGGUCAAAAAGGUGGUUAAUAGUGAAAGACUCCUUCCUGCUGUAUAUGAAACCAGACAGUGGGGCCAUUGCCUUCGUCCUCCUUGUAGAUAAAGAAUUCAGAAUCAAAGUGGGAAGGAAAGACACAGAAACAAAAUAUGGACUUCGGAUCGAUAAUCUUUCAAGGACACUGAUUUUGAAAUGUAACAGCUACCGACAUGCUCGGUGGUGGGGAGGAGCCAUAGAAGAGUUCAUUCAGAAGCAUGGCGCUGACUUUCUCAAAGACCAUCGCUUCGGUUCCUACGCUGCUGUCCAUGAGAACACUUUAGCUAAAUGGUAUGUGAAUGCCAAAGGCUACUUUGAAGAUAUUGCAAAUGCAAUGGAAGGCGCAUCAGAAGAGAUUUUUAUCACAGACUGGUGGUUAAGUCCAGAAAUCUUCCUGAAGCGCCCAGUGGUGGAAGGCAACCGCUGGAGACUGGACUGCAUCCUCAAACGGAAAGCACAACAAGGUGUUCGGAUUUUCAUAAUGCUUUACAAAGAGGUGGAGCUGGCCCUCGGAAUCAACAGUGAAUACAGCAAGCGGACUUUGAUGCGGCUGCACCCCAACAUAAAGGUGAUGAGGCACCCAGACCAUGUGUCAUCCAGUGUCUAUCUGUGGGCUCAUCAUGAGAAGCUUGUCAUUAUCGACCAAUCAGUGGCUUUUGUGGGUGGGAUUGACCUUGCCUACGGAAGGUGGGAUGACGAUGAACACAGACUCACAGAUGUGGGCAGUGUGAAGCGAGUCACCUCAGGACUGUCCAUGGGCUCUCUCACAGCAGCAACAACAGAGUCUACGGAAUCCUUAAACCUCAAGGAUAAACAUGAAUCUCAUACAAACGAGCCCAUCAUGGGGAGUGUAGAUGAAACAGAAGGCAAGCUGAAAGGGAUAGGAAAGGCCCGGAAAUUCUCCAAGUUUAGUCUCUAUCGACAACUGCACCGUCGUCGUCUGCACAACUCGGACAGCAUCAGCAGCAUCGACAGCGCCUCCAGUUACUUUAACCACUAUAGAAGUCACCAGAAUCUAAUCCAUGGUUUAAAGCCCCACUUGAAAGUCUUCCGUCCUUCCAGUGAGUCCCAGCAGGGGCUCGCUAGGCACAGUGCUGACACUGGCUCCAUCCGAAGUGUGCAGACAGGUGUGGGAGAGCUCCAUGGCGAGACCAGGUUUUGGCAUGGGAAAGAUUACUGCAAUUUUGUCUUCAAGGACUGGGUUCAACUGGACAAGCCUUUUGCUGAUUUCAUUGACAGGUACUCCAUGCCCCGGAUGCCUUGGCAUGAUAUUGGUUCUGUGGUCCAUGGGAAGGCAGCUCGUGAUGUGGCUCGUCACUUUAUCCAGCGCUGGAACUUCACGAAGAUUAUGAAGCCAAAAUACCGCUCCCUUUCUUACCCUUUCCUGCUCCCCAAAUCACAAGCCACUGCACACGAGCUGAGGUAUCAGGUACCUGAGGCAGUCCCCACCAGAGUGCAGCUGCUCCGAUCUGCUGCUGAUUGGUCUGCUGGGAUAAAGCACCACGAGGAGUCAAUCCACACUGCCUACACCUAUGUGAUAGAGAACAGUAAACACUACAUCUACAUUGAAAACCAAUUUUUCAUAAGCUGCGCUGAUGAUAAAGUCGUGUUCAACAAGGUGGGCGAUGCUAUCGCCCAAAGAAUCCUGAAAGCCCACAGGGAAGGCCAGAGAUACCGGGUGUACAUUGUGAUACCACUGCUGCCGGGAUUCGAAGGAGACAUUUCCACAGGCGGAGGGAAUGCGCUUCAGGCAAUAAUGCACUUCAACUACAGAACCAUGUGCAGAGGGGAGAACUCCAUCCUUGGACAAUUAAAGCCAGAGCUUGGUAAUCAGUGGAUAAAUUACAUAUCAUUUUGUGGCCUGAGAACACAUGCAGAGCUGGAAGGGAACCUAGUCACUGAGCUCAUCUAUGUCCACAGCAAGUUGCUAAUUGCUGAUGAUAACACAGUUGUUAUCGGUUCUGCCAACAUCAAUGACCGGAGCAUGCUGGGAAAGCGGGACAGUGAAAUGGCCGUCCUGGUGCAGGACACAGAGACGGUCCCCUCAGUCAUGGACGGAGAAGAGUACCAAGCUGGCCGCUUCGCCCGAGGACUCCGGCUGCAAUGCUUCAGGCUUGUCCUUGGCUAUCUCUCUGAUCCAAGUGAGGACCUUCAGGAUCCUGUGUGUGACAAAUUCUUCAAGGAGAUUUGGGUUUCAACAGCAGCUCGGAAUGCUACCAUUUAUGAUAAGGUGUUCCGUUGCCUUCCGAAUGAUGAAGUACACAAUUUAAUACAGUUGAGAGACUUUAUAAGCAAGCCCAUAUUAGCAAAAGAUGACCCUGUUCGUGCUGAGGAGGAGCUGAGGAAGAUCCGAGGCUUUUUGGUGCAGUUCCCUUUUUAUUUCUUAUCUGAGGAAAACCUGCUGCCUUCUGUAGGAACCAAAGAAGCCAUGGUGCCCAUGGAGGUUUGGACGUAAGACAAACUCCGUUGCAAGUCUAGGACUUCUAACCUGAGGACCACAUUGUAUGGUGACUUCCUAAAGACCUCACAGCCAAACUCAGGCCUGAUGCACUCCUGUGACCAACCCAUUGGACUCUUUGGAGUGGAUGAGGGGUCAGUGGUCACACUGAUGUAAGGACUCUCUGCACAAGCAAGCCUUCAUCAUGUAUCCUGCCUGUCCUUGAGAAAAGUGGCUAUAUUCUUGUUGAUAGCAUACAUUCAAACAAUAUCAAACACAAAUACAAAUUCCAUGAUACAUAUCAAAAACUCAUCUCCUUUGCUAACAAGAAUCUACCUGUAACUGUGAUCCAAACUGCCAAAAGUUGCCUGAACUCUUUUGUUGUCCUCUGAUGCUAAUUAAUGCAGCUGGGGCCCACCAGGAUGUCCUCAGCUUGUCCAUACAGCCCUGUUUAAGAGAUUGCUGAUUGAUGAAAGAUGUGGAGAGCCAAUUUGAAAGUCCCAACGUUCCAGAUGAUGUUGGACAUGCAGGGACAGAACAGGCUUUGCCUAGCUACCCACAUCAGGCACUUCUGAGGACAGCAACAGUGGUUCUUGACAGCAAGAAGGAUUAAAUUCUAAUACUGAAGAAGAAAUUUCCCUGGUUCCCAAAGAUAUGUCCUUGUCAUUGAGCCCCCCUGAUCAAAUCUGUAAACAUGUGCCGGGUAUACCAAAACAUAGCAACCAGAUAAACACAGAUAGAACCUCCAAGGUGUCAGUGGGAAUCCAGUUCAGAUAAAGGACAAGAUUCCCCACAGUCUGUAGAAUCCCUGUCCCCCUUAAGCCACUGGAUUGAUGACAAAGCUGGAUUUCUCCAUAAGCAAUCCAAUGGAUGUAAUUUGUCCUCUAAAAGAAGCAGGGGUGUUAUAAUGCCUUCCAGCUGACAAGCAGGAGUCUAACCUUAUUUACCCUUCAGUCUUUCUGCUAUGUCUUCUUUAGGGGAAAAAGUAACUGAUUAUAAAGAUGAGCUGCUUUGCUUGCACUGAUAACUAUGCAGUAACAUUCCAACAUGGCUCCCAAGAAGUUGCAAUAGUAAUUCACAUUGUCCCAGUCUGAAAUGUGGAUAUACACUUUCCAUUUCAGAUGGUAUGGUGUCCUUUAUAGACCAAAUUUCAGGGUUCUUCUCACAUCCUAGGAGCAUCUGUGGGUUCCUGGAAGCCUCAGAUCCUUCUUUGGGGUUCUCUUCAAAGCAACUCCCAACCCAUGUUUUCAUGAACAAGAUGACACAGGACCACAAAACCAGUGUUAUGGGUUAAUAACAGAGAGACAGUCACAUCCGAGGAAGGAUGUCACCUCUAGGGAACAUUCCACAAAUGAGGUGGGAUUUGUAAUCAACAAUGGAAAUGAAUCUGUUUUUAUGAAUAGAUAACUUAUUUCUUAUAUGACCAGGAAUGGUGAGAUGAUUUCAUUCUAUAGUUGUAGUGAGUAAGACCCUAUGCAGACAAAGGCCACACUGCAUUUAAAAUAUUCAAUAUGCAUAUAAUAUCUAAAGAUUUAUUAUGUUUUAUUUUUAAAAAUUUUAAACCUUCAAACAGUCAACUAGCUGGUUCUUGGUUUUGUGCCCAAUGUUCUGAUAAGAUCAUAAUGGACUGGCAAGAAUCCCUAAUCAGUCAUUUACUCUAACCCUUCCCCACUGCACAAAUGAGGAAACUGAGUUUGUAUGGGAGGAAGGAAUGAUGUAAGCCUGCCCAACAAAUGUGCAGUGGGCUUCUGUCGCCAAUGUCAGCCUCUCUUCACUUCAUGGUUACCCUGGAUUGAGGACAUGCAGCUUUCGGAUGGCUAUCUUAUGCUGUGUGAAUCCUGUGAUCUGUGUUUAUUUGUCUCCACCUACUAGAAUGGGAGCUGUAUAUAGCAGGAACUUCAUGGGUUAUUUAUUCUUCAGAGCCUGCAACAGUGCCCAAUGCAAAGGAGAUGCCGAUAAAUGUCUGUGGAGUGAAUACAUGAUGUAGAAGAGGAAGCUGAUGAGCAGAAGACCACACUGACUCUCCCUGCUGGUUUCUGUGACAAGUUUUCCUACUGCAUCUUCUCGAAGAUAAGAUGCUUACCUGGAAAGAGAUGUACUUGGAGGGGCCUUGUAGGAAAUUCAGUGUAAUAAAUACCUUCCUAUGGUAACUGUUUACGGAGUUCAGCUGUCUACCAAGAUGCCUAGGACAUGGGCUCUACCACAAGCUGGUGGCCUUCCAUUCUUUGACACCACUACUGCCUUCUAGAAAUUACAUCACCAUAUCUGAUAAAGACUCUAAAAUUCGACUAGUUUAUGCCCUGAAAAGCUAGUUCAGAUCUGCUCAGCAUUUCCUAUUAACCACAAUCUUUUUAAAUGCCAGUCAGCACCCACCUGAUGUUCUGCCAAUCUUUGUGACUAUCUUUGCUUUCAAGAAGCAAAAACGGCUAUUGUUAGAAGAGGUGGAGUAGAAAACCGUCAGACCUGUGGGAGCUGCUGUGGACAGGCACCAAGCUGAGUGCUGUGGCAGCAAGUGGGAUGCAGCAAUCCCUUCAAAUCCAGUAUCCUUGAAGUGGGGCGGCCUUAUUCCUGAGCCAUAGUGCAGCACAGAGAAACUUCAGGGACUGAUUGUGCAUCAUAUUGUGAAAUAAAAAUAUUUGUCUUUAAA